AUGCUUCAUGUCUGUGUCUCACUCUCUCCUCCCCUCUCUUCUCCCUUUGUUUCCAGUGAUCUGCGUCGUGCCGACCUUGUGGGGGACGUUCCUUGCUUCGGUCUCUCCCAGCUGAACGCUCUUACAUACCUUCCUACCAUCGAUCUGGGCUCCAGCAAUCUCUCCCUCCUUUGCUUCUGCCCUUGGCCUGCCCCGCUCCGUUCUGCCCCACCAGUGACCUUGGCUCCAACAAUUUCACCUUCUUCCGUCAUGCACCAUUAUUCCUGCAGAGUUCUGAGACGCUCAGACCCCCCAUGCUCUCUCCUCUCCGCCUGUCCCCCCUCCACCUGCCCCACCAGUGACCUGGCCUCCAACAAUUUCACCGUCUUCCGCCAGGCACCCUUCUGUCAGCAGAGUUUUGAGAUGCUCAGACCACCAACACUAACCUCGGCUCGGACCGGGCCUCUCUUCCCCCGACCCCUCUUCCACCGACCCCUCUUCCCCCGACCCCUUCCCUUCCACCUUCCUCUUCCCCCCCUCUGUUCUGCCCCACCAGUGACCUUGAAUCAGCUCAAGUACUGGCCUGAGACUGUUGUUGCUUACUGGCCUCAGCUCACAUUCCUGAGCCUGGCGGCCAACCUCCUGGCUGGCCCCAUUCCAGAGGACAUCGGCGACCAGCUCUCCACCACCCUCGUGCACCUCGACCUCAUGGGCAACUAUUUCAAUGGCACAGUGCCCAGCUCGAUUUCCACCCUGCAGAAGCUCAGAUACAUCGAUCUGAGCUUCAACUCCAACCUCACCGGCCCUGUUCCAGAGGCGCUCGCUAAAAUCAACACCCUCCGAACCAUUAAUCUUGAGGGCUGCAGCUUCACAGGGGUGCUCCCGGAAAGCUACUCGCGACUGCCCUUCCUGGCGAGCCUCUAUCUCGACAAGAACGGGCUGGAUGGCGCCAUCCCCGCCUCCUACGGCUACAUCCCCAGCCUCGUGAACCUGUAUCUCAGCAAUAACGACCUGUCCGGGCACAUUCCGGAGAGCCUGUGCCGGUUGCAGAAGGCCGAGGCGAUCGUGCUAGAGAGGAACUCUAUAGGGGGGACUAUCCCUGCUUGUCUUGUUACAAUGGAAAACCUCCUCAUUCUUGAUGUGACGGGCAACUACCUCAAGGGGGCGAUCCCCAAGGUGGAAGCAGGCUCCAUCCUUCAGUUCCUCUACGCGGGCAACUGCUUGGACGGUCAGGAUCGUGGCAACGACCCGUGCCCUAUCGAAACGGCAACAGACCCCAAUAGCAGGCUGCCACCUGGCAGCCACCAGAACCAGCCGCUGUGGGAGAACACACAGACCCCCGAGGAGAACGCCUGGCCGGGCACUCCGACGUGGGGGGAGGCUCAAGCCGCCGCCGCUGCCGUUCCCGCCCCCUCGGGACCCCCAGACCCCCGAGGAGAACGCCUGGCCGGGCACUCCCACGUGGGGGGAGGCUCAAGCCGCCGCUGCUGCCGUUCCCGCCCCCUCGGGACCCCCAGUCCCGAGAACCAGCCGCUGUGGGAGAACACACAGACCCCCGAGGAGAACGCCUGGCCGGGCACUCCCACGUGGGGGGAGGCUCAAGCCGCCGCUGCUGCUGUCCCCGCCCCCUCGGUCCUCCAGCUUCUUGCUGGUGGUGCUGCUCUCAGUGGCACCUGUCUUGUCUUCCUCCUCUGGUCCGGUUUUGAGGCGCCUGGUUUUGAGGCGCCUCAAAACCAGACUUCGCAGCUUCUUCCUGGUGGUGCUGCUCUCAGUGGCACCUGUCUUCCUCCUCUGUGGACUGGAAGCCCAUUCUCAGUCUUCUUGGCAGUGCUCUCAGUGGCAUUCGUCUUGCCAAGCAUAAGACCCCCUCACACCCCCUCCCUCCCCUCCACUAAUGCAGUGGACUGGAAGCCCAUCCUGAGCUAUGUCUUCUUGGCGUUGCUCUCAGUGGUGUUCGUCUUGCCACGCAUAAGACCCCCUCACACCCCCUCCCUCCCCUCCACUAAUGCAGUGGACUGGAAGCCCAUUCUGAGCUACGUCUUCCUGGCGUUGCUCUCAGUGGCGUUCGUCUUCCUCCUCUGCUCCGCCUUCUCAAUGCUAGCCAAGCGCCGCCGCUACACCGCGGUUGACUUCUCUGCUCCACGCGUCGACCAGCUCCCAGUGACCGAAUACGGCCUGUCCAAGAUCAAGCGCGCCACCAAGAAUUUCACCACCGUGUUUGGCAAGGGCAGCUUCGGCACCGUGUAUCUCGCUGACGACUUGCUGCCCCUCUUCCCAGUGACCGAAUACGGCCUGUCCAAGAUCAAGCGCGCCACCAAGAAUUUCACCACCGUGUUUGGCAAGGGCAGCUUCGGCACCGUGUAUCUCGCUGACGACUUCCUUCCCGAUCAGAUCGAGCCGCGUGCGAUCGUGAAGCGCGCCCACGAGCCCGAGAAGAUGACGGAGGCCCAGUUCCGGGAGAAGGUGCAGCUGCUGGCCAAGGCGCGCCACCGCUACCUCGUGUCGCUGCGCGGGUACUGCAUCGGCAAGGCGGAGCGCAUCCUCGUGUUUGAGUUCCUGCCGCACGGCUCCCUGUUCGACCGCCUGCACCGUGAGUGUUAUUUUCAUGCUUUGAUAUCCCAGUACACUCCAGGGUACUGCAUCGGCAAGGCGGAGCGCAUUCUGGCGUUUGAGUUCCUGCCGCACGGCUCAUUGUUCAACCGCCUGCACCUCAGCUUGAGGGGGUGCUGCAUCGGCAAGGCGGAGCGCAUUCUUGUCUUCGGAGCGCAUCCUCUGCCUCACGGGUCCCUCUUCGACCGCCUGCACCGCUCCGACGUGGAUCCUCUGCCGUGGGACGCGCGAGUGCACGUGGCAGUCAACCUGGCCUCCGCCCUGGCGUUCCUCCAUCAUGGCUGCGACCCACCCCUCGUGCACCGCGCGGUCACCUCAUCCAACAUCCUCCUGUCAGCUGAUAUGAGCGCCAAGAAACUCUUCUGCCCCCUUCCCUUCCCUCCUCCUCAGCUCUCUGAUUUCGGUCUUGCACGAGGCUCCACCUCCCACGCUGCGUUCGACGAGCCGCCCCGCCGCCGCCCCAACCGCCGGCAGCGCGGAGCAGCAGCAGCGGGCCGAGACGACGCCUCGGCCAGCAGCAGCCUCACUGCUGUUGGCAGCAGCGGCGACGGCAGCAGCGAGACAGAAUCCGAGCUUCUACAGCCGGUGGUUACGCGCACGGACGCGCGAAAACUGGAUAUCUAUGGGUUCGGAGUGGUUCUGCUGGAGCUGAUCACAGGGCAGAAGGCCAUGAAGGAUGUGCAUAUCACGAGUCUUGCCGCCCCUUUCCUGGAAGAUACCCAGAUGAUGCCGCUGAUGGUUGACUCGGCUCUGGGCGGGUUUUUCAACCAAUCGGAGUUGAUCGAGCUGGCGACGAUCGCGAGGGAUUGUGUGAAGGAGGAUCCAAACAGCCGCCCGACGAUGCUCGAGGUGGUGAGGACGAUGGAGGGGAGUAUCGAGUUGGCCGUUGACUUGUUUGACCCACUUGACUCGGCGGAUUCGGGUGCUGGUAGUGCUAAGGCUGGGACCCCGAAAACUGGUGGGGCGGGGUAUGCGGCGCUGAGUGGUGGGUCGGGGAUUGCCGGGGAUGCGAUGGGAAGUGGAGGGGUUGGGAGCGGCUCGGGGGGGAGUGGGAGGCAGGGCACUGGGGGCGGGACGUGGGCGCCUUUAGAGUUGUUUUCAGGGUCGUUUGGGAGGCGGUCGGGGCGUGAGAGGGAGGGGGGAGGAGGGAGGGGAGCAGGAGGGGCGGGAGGGGUGGAGAGGGGGGAUGUAGAGGCAGGGUCGUCGCUGCUUUAUAUCACUCCCAAGGAUGGGCAGCACUAG